AUGCUAUCAGUCGGGUUAUUCGCUGGGCUCUUCGUUCUCUACUGGGUUUGGACUGCAAUUUAUCGCCUGUACCUGAGCCCCUUGGCUAAGAUUCCCGGACCUAAGCUCGCUGCGUUAACAACGUGGUACUGCGCAUACCAUGACAUUAUCCGCGGAGGCCAAUACAUAUGGGUCGUGGAGGAGAUGCACCGAAAGUAUGGCCCCAUCGUAAGGACAAUGCCGGGCGUGGUCCACGUCAACGAUCCCGCCUUCAUCGAGAAGCUCUACACCCUCGCCCCCAACGUACGUCGCGAGCGAGGAUGGCCCGUCCUGAACAUGUUCGGCAAUGACAAGGCCAUGUUGCCGACACGUGAUCAUGAUCUCCAUCGGCGGCGACGCGCCGUCAUCAGCCGGUAUUUCUCGCAGCAGAACGUGAGGCGGUUGGUCCCCUUCAUCAAUGACACGCUAGGUGAUCUUCUCGAACGAUUCGACAAAUGGGCCGAGGCGGGCGAUGUCAUCAAAGUCAGUAUGCCGUACCGGGCUGCUACCAAGGAUGUGAUCCAGUCCUAUGCGUUUGGCGAAGGCGAAAAGUGCCUGAGUAUGCCAGAUUGCAACGCUAACUUCUUCGCUAUCAUUGAAACGAACCGUCUGGUCCAUAUCAGUGUUCAUUUGCCUGCUAUGAUGGCGGUUGUGAACAAUUUGCCAGCAAAGGUAGCCAAAGUUUUGAUACCAACCGUGGGUACUUUUAUCCAGUUCCUUGAAAGUCUUGCAGUAACGAUCGAAGGGAUCCGAAACUCCAAGGAGGACCCCGAGCGACGAACAAUCUUCCACGAAAUUCUGCAUAGUGACAUUGCCGACCAAGAGAAAAGCACCAGCCGCAUGGUUGACGAGGCUAUGAUACUCGCCAUCGCGGGAGCAGACACGACGGCAGCCACGUUGGAGGUUCUCACCUACCACGUCCUGAGCGACAAGGAAAUCUUCAAGAGACUCCGUACUGAGCUUGACCAGGCGAUUCCGGACCCAACUCAAUUCCCGGACCCCGUCAAGUUGGAUAAUUUACCUUUCCUCAACGCCUUGAUUGAGGAGACGCUGAGACUCUACCCGAGCGCAACGCAUCGCCAGGAUCGACUGGCUCCUGAUGAGGAUCUGGUUUAUGAAUAUGCCGAUGGGCGCAGUGUGACGAUUCCCAGAGGAACUGUCGUGGGCAUGACUGCUAUGCUGGUCAACCGAAGCCCGUUGUGGUAUGAAAAUCCGGACGAGUUCAGGCCGGAGCGGUAUAUAGAGAAUCCAAAGAGCUUCAAGCGCAUGUUGACCUUUUCCAAGGGAGCGCGUCAAUGCCUUGGGAUCAAUCUAGCGUACCAGGAGCUUCAGACGUUCACUGCAGGAAUCUUUCGCAAGUACGGGCCUUACGAUCCUAAGCUGAAAGAGCAGAGUGGCCCAACCUUGGAACUCCAUGAGACCACGCUAGAGGAUGUCAAGACACAUGCGGACUAUGUCACACCUGGGUUGCGCCCCGGUAGUAAAGGGGUCCAGGUACGGAUUCGCCGAGGAUAA